UACCCAUAGAAUUACAUUCUUUGUGAAUGAUGACAGAAGAUUUACAUUGAAAUUCUUUAUUGUCAUUUUAAUGUCUUCAUAUUUAAUUUAAAGUUUUUCUUUUUAAAUAUAAAAUGGAUAGGUUAUCAGGAUGUUGUGAAAAUAUGAAUCUACCCCCAUGCGUAUGGUUCGAAGGGGAUAAAAGAAAUGCUUAUGCUGCCAUAGUUUCUGGUUUUAUGUUUUUCCUAGGAUGGUGGCUUCUAAUUGAUGCUGCAGCAGUCUAUGAUAAUGGUAUUUCUAAUGUACAUUUUGUAUGUGGAAUAAUUGGUACAAUAUCACUUCUUAUGGUUAAUUCCGUUUCAAAUGCACAGAUUCGAGGUGAUGCUUAUGAUGGUGGAUGUCUAGGACCCAGAGGAGCACGUAUUUGGCUCUUCCUUGGCUUUGUACUUGGUUUUGCAUCAGUUAUUGCAUCGUGUUGGAUUUUAUUUGCAAAUUUUGUGAAUCAACCAAAUGUAAAAACAUAUCCAGGCGUUGCAUUAUUCUUACAAUGUGCGUUUAUUUUUAUCGGCUCAACAAUAUUUAAAUUUGGACGAUCGGAAGAUUUAUGGGGAUAAAUGAUUCAUCGAUUCUUUUGUUGUUUUUAUUUUUUAUUAUUAUUUGUUGUGAUUAAUUUAAAAAAAGAAAUCUAUUAAUCUUUGAACGGUCCAAUUUAUAAGAUAGAACAAAUUAAUUUAUACUUUUUUUCUUAUUUUUAAUAAUUGUUUUUAAGCUUUUUAUGUAUCUACUAGUUUCCUUUUCCAUAGUGAUGUUUCCAAUAAAGUUAUCGAAUUGCAAUAAAUAUGGAUUCUAAUUUAUUGGAUAUGUAACGGUAAAAUUGAUAAAUCAGUUACUUAUCAGUUAAUAAUUCACGAUAAUAGAUCCCUAAAAAUAUUUAAUAAAGAUGCGGACAGGGUAAAACUCGGUUGGAUCAACCAAAGCUCAUAAUUUCCGACUAAAUAUGGAAACGUCGCCUUUUAGAUUGCAGAAUUACUAAUAGGGAGAUUAAUCUCAAAAAACUAGUAUCAAAUUUCUAUUAUAAAUUGAAAUAUCGGCUAGUUACGGUACUCAAAUAUUCAAUUUUACCGCAACAAAUACAUCCUAAAAUCUGAAUUAAGCAAUACUCUUUAAAAAAAUACUAUCUUAGAAGAUAAAUAAUACGAUUAAUAUAAUUUAUUAAUGAAACGUCCAAGUACUUUCUUUAUUCUUUCUAUCACGUUCUCCAUUACAUUUAUAAAUAUACACAACAUUUGUUUGAAUAAAUUAUUUUUUAAAAGCCAUAAUUGAUUAAUGUAAUUUGUGUAAAGAAAUUUCUUAAUUGCAAUGUGUAAAUUUAAUGAGGCUUAUCAAUUUUUUUAAGUAUAUUCAAAUUUUGUCUAACGUAUUAAUAUUGUGAUUGUAGAAUUUCGAAAUAUAUUAAAUAAAGUGAAUUUCAUGUAUAAAAAAUAAA